AUGGUGCUGGGUGGCGGCGGCGACAGGAGCGCGAGGCUCUCCUCCGACGAUGCCGCCGCCGCAGCUGCAGGCGAGGACCGGCUCAGCACACUCCCCGACGACGUCCUCGUCCUCAUCCUCCUCAAGCUCAGCACCCGCGCCGCUGCCCAGACCAGCCCCCACCGGUUGCGCGACGCCCAUGAGGUGCUCGUCCGCGCCCUCUUCGUCGGGGCCGACGGCGCCACCCCUGAGUCUCUGGCGGUCUGGCUCCCCGCCGCCGCGCGCCGCGUCUCCGGUGACCUAACCCUUUUCAGCCGUGGUCCCGUGAAAGAUGAAGAGGAGGAGCAGGCCGCGCAAGGAGGUGCCUUUGAGUUCCCCUGCUUUGAGAAGGCCACCUCGAUCUCGCUCGUCUUGGCUUUUCAGGGCCUCGCCGUGCCUCCCACCGGUGUCUUCACUCGGCUCACAGAGCUCCACCUGAGCCAAGUCUGGUUCCACGGCCCAGGCGAGCUCGGCGACGCCGUGUCCUCGCUGCGGUGCCCGUGCUUGCAGAGGCUCACUGUUGACAACGCCCGGGGGCUGGGCGAUCUCUCUAAUACAUUCGGAGUCUCUGCUCGUUGUGGCGCCGACACUCAAGGAGUUAACUGUGGCAUUGUGUUUUUUUCAACAAUCGACCGGUCGCCAACAUCUCUGCCCCCUCGGCUGACGAAUCUUGACUGGGUUGAUGGAUAUGAUCCCAGUUCCGUCCACCUUGGCAAGAUGGAACAUCUCCGAUGUCUGGGCACCAGCUUUUAUCUUGUCUAUCCACAUCGCGUCAUACACAAUCACUCUUGUUUAAGUCUCUUGCAGCGCAUUGAGGGCAUCAAAACUCUUUCCCUAAAGCUGGCGUGUAGUGCCAUAGCAUGCUAG